GCAAGCACAACUUGGCAGGUUUUAUUGUCGUCAUGCAUACCUAACCAUUCAUUAUCACCAAAUUUAUUACCCGGCUAAUGGGACAUCAUUUUGUCCUAUUGCUAAUUAUAUGAAUAGAGGUCAUGCAAAAUUAGUUGCUGAGUGAUUUAACUAAUUAUUUGCUUGUGUACUCCUCCUUUGUGUGUGUGUGUGAUGAGGAAAUUAACAAAUAUAUAAUAAUUACUGUUGCAGAACAGUAUGUGUUAGUGAUUCACAUACAAAUAAUCAUGAAAUCUAAUUGGAUAAAGAUAAAAGUGCUUGUGAUUUUGAACUUGUCAUUAACAUGUGUUUCAAGUCAAAAUGUUGUGACUAAUGGACUUAUUUCAGAGCUUCUGCCAAGGUCUGAAGAGAUGGAGAUGAUGAUGCAGAAGGCACUCUCCAAAAACACUGUCCUCUACAAAGCCAUGAUGCAGAGCAACAAUAUUCUCCCAGCAGAUGGCCCUAGCACGCAGUCCAAGGUUCCUCUGGGAGUGUUCACAAAGUCUAUGUGGAGCUCAGACGCCAAACUGCUGGAUAACCAAGAGGGGAAAUAUUUUAUUAGUAUAAUCUCUAGUGCAGUCACAGACAAAGCAAGUGACAAAUUAGCACUGAAAACUUCAAACUCUCAAACUGAACCUAUAUCUUGGUUGAACAAUGCAAAUAUAUCUACAGCAGAUGGUGUGUACAUAUCAAUGGAUCGACUAAAUAGAAAGAGGCGCCAAGUAAAGCGUGAAAAUAACGGCAGGGUUUUUCUACUUGCAAACACAAACUUACCAAGGAAUGAAACAGUGGAUCUAGACAAAUUCAAGGGUGAAGUGGUAAUGGUGCUUCCUCAGCAUUACAAUGUUAACAAUAGCAGUCAAAACUCCUCCGAAGUUACACAACAUCUGGUUACCGUAGAAACAUUCAAGAGCGUUCGCGACAUAUUGAAAGCCAUGCAGGAGAACAACAGCAUCCCUAAGACUGUUCUGAGUGAAGUGCUACAGCGGCAACCAGCCAUCCAGAAAAUACCAGAUCUCAAUAGCGUAGAACUGGGGGCACUUGUUUCAGACAAUCCAAAAAUGGAUAUUGGGUUCUCCUCACCACAGGAUGGCAACAAAGUCACUCUAACAACAGAGCAGCUUAGAGUCAUUUUAAGUGCUUUGCUUAGGGUCAGCAGUUCAAAACUGCCUACAGAAAGUACAUCACAACCUGUCCAUAGCCAGCAACCUCAGGAGGAUAACCAUGGAAACAUUGGUCCAGUGCCAAAUCUAAACACCAGAAGCAGCCAACCAAUUACAAGGCAGCCACAAAGUAAUAAUGAGCGGUCCGUACAACGGCAACAAACACAGCAUACUCUCCCAGUUAGUCAACCUCUGCCCAGAGUGCAAGCCAGCAUCCCACAGUUCACUCAACCAAUGCAUACGCAACCGCCAAUAAGGCCACAAAACAUACCAGACCAAGGGAACAACAUGGUGAGAUUCAUUCAGCAAUCUCAGUCCACUGGUCAAAGUCCUUCAUCUGUCCCAAAUACUAUUCAGCCACAGCUUACCAUGCAAAGACCCACAAGCAGUCAAAGAAUAAUCUCAAGCCCUGGUAAUGCACCACAGCGCCCCUUGGUGCGGACUGCCACUAGCAGCAACAUGUUGGGCCUCUCACAUCAGUCCCCCUCCCAGCCAGGGACGACCAGGCUUCAGCAGCAGUCCUCACAGCGUGGCGUCAUACAGCAACGACGCUCACAACCUCAGCAGCCCUCAGGACCCCCCGACCCAUUCACCUCCCGGUUCCACUCUGGUUUCCAGCAGGGAUCAACCUUGCUUGUUCAGCCUGCCAUGGACUUCUCACCACCAGGCGCCAGUCAAGGAGCCCCAAAUAUGCCCUUCCCGGGGCCCGCACCUUUCGGGUUUGAACCUCCAGGCAUGGGGACAUUUGGACCAGUAUUUGAUCUACCCUUUCUCGGUCAAACCAUGCUCUAAGAAAAACUUAAGCAAUGAUUGGUUGGAAAAGUAUGCAAAGAAUAUCUAUAGGUUUACUUGUACAUGUAUUAUGAAGUGAUUUAUAUGAUCUAUAACAAUUACAUACAUAUGUAUAUUAUGGUAAAUUUAGUACAAGUUUACUGAUACUGCAAAGUCAUUUUCAGAACAUACACUUGACAUACAUAUGUAUUGUAUUGUACAUUAAGUAUAUGUUUACUUGUACUACAAAGUCAUUUAAAUAAUCUGUAACAAUUGACACACAUAUGAAUUGUUGUGUGCAUUUAUUGAUACAUAAUAAAAAUACCAGUUAUAAAGGCCCUAUACAGGUGACAAAUCCAAUUAUUAUGCAUAUAAACUGGUCUAAAUUUUACUGGAUUUCAGAUAUUCUUGCAUAAAAAAUGCUAAUAACACAGCUGAGGGGUAACGUUGUCAAGAAUUAUGGAGGAUAUACCUGUUUCAUAAUUGGAAGAAAUGUUUACAACUUUGCAACUAGGUGUAGCCUAAUUUAAGCGGUGACGUAAGCUAAAAAUAGCCGAAAUAAAAUUCUAUUGUAAUUCUAUUUUAAACAACUUUUUACCAGCAGAAAGUAACUUAUUAAAUCACUACAAACGUUUUAACCAUUUAAAAGAGACUACUUUGUGAGUGAUACCGGAAAACGUUGAAAAUCAACGAUAUAUUUUUGGUGACCUGAGUCACUUUUACUUUCACUUUCCUGAGAAAAUAAAUAAACUGAGUGUUUGUAAACACAAUUGACUUGGAGGACACUGUAUUUUGAGCUCAAAACAAGUUAUAUUGCUCAUUUUUUAUGGUAAUGUCCAAUAGCAUAUAUAGCUAUAUUGUUUUUUGAUAACCUUUAUAAAUAAAAUUUGAAAAAAAUAAUUACGGAUCGUCACCUUUAUAGGGCCUAGGUUAUAAUGUUUAGAUAGUACUCCCUUGUUAGUUAAAAGCCAAUAUUUGCCUUAUUCCAAAGUGUUGCAGCAGUGUUAUCACAAAUGUAUCAUGGAUUUGGAAACCAAAUUAUGUUAUUGAACAGGUCAUGAUAAUUAUAACCAAAUUAAACAAGUAUUUUCCUAUAUAAUUAUUUGUUUAAUCAUUAAUUUCAAGUAAAACAACUACGUUUAAAAAAGUUCAUCAUAACUCUGAAACAUGUCCGCAUAUUCUAAAACAAUUUUACAAAGCUUGUGUCCCUUAUAUUUAACACCGCAGUAAAUACCAUCAUCAUUUUAUCAUUUAUCAAUAACCAUUACCCCUACCACUUGCUCUUAUGUGUAUUAUUUUGCCUCAUUCUGGCAAAACUGGACUCAAUGCAUGUGUGUAAAGUGUCGUCCCUGAUUGCUCAAUGCAUGUGUGUAAAGUGUCGUCCCUGAUUGCUCAAUGC